ACCCCCUUACCGGUUCGAGCUCGCCGAUAUGUAGUCUUCCCUGCUCGGUCGCGACUCGGUUACUGCAACCACAUCCCACUCUUGCCUUUUACACCUAUAUACGCACGUGCUCGCCAAAGACACGCGCGACUUCUCAUCCAUAGUGUGUGGGUGUCCAAGUGCAUACGCGUGUGCCAAAGGCCGAUUUUUCAUUUAUUUUUUGGUUUCAUCAAAGUGGGAAGCUACCGAUCGAUCGGCCGAUUUGCCGCUCGUGUGCACGUACGAUAGUGUGUGAUUUUGAGUUUCGGUCGGAAGAAGAGACCGAGGCCUCGUGCGGUUAUUUUCGCGCAGCCUCAACCUUGCACGAGAAUACAUUACUGCAGCGGAGGCAAGUCGGUGGUGCACCUUUUUUUUCCCCCCUUGGCGAACCAACGCACCGAGGGAUUCGCUCUGCCGCGGGGGCUUCUUUUUUCUUCUGUCCCUCUGUACAUGUACAUAUAUACAUUGAAGCAUCAGCAGCCCGAAACUCGAGAGUAUGGACUCGACGCAGGAGAAAAAGAAGGUCGAGGAGGGCGAGGCCAACAGACCAAGGAUCGAAAACUUUGACGACAUCCUGCCCUACAUCGGCGAGGCUGGCCGCUACCAGUGGUUCCUCUUCGUACUCCUCCUACCCUUCACCUUCGUCUACGCCUUCCUCUACUUUGCCCAAUUCUUCAUCACCCUCGUACCCGAGGAGUACUGGUGCAGGGUACCCGAAUUCGACAACACGAACUUCACGGAUGCACAAAAGAUCAUGUUAUCGAUACCACCGCCGGAUUCUACAGAAAAAAACUCUGAAUCCAAUUUCUCAUUCUCAAGAUGUAACAUGUACGUUACUAAUUACACGGAAGUGUUGUUGAAAAACAUGACCCACGCCAACCCCCAGUGGCCGGUCAGCACGUGUAAAUACGGCUACAACUUCAACAUGAGCAACGUGCCCUACAUGUCCAUCGCUGCUGAGGAAGAAUGGGUGUGCGGAAAAGCGUUCCUCGGCUCAGCAGCUCAAUCGGCCUUUUUCGCGGGCAGUAUAAUCGGCGGUCUGAUAUUCGGCUACAUAGCCGACCACUACGGCAGAUUACCAGCUCUGGUCGCCUGCAACAGCGUCGGUUUCUUUGCCUCGAUCGCCACCGCCUUGUGCACGGAAUUCUGGUCCUUUGCACUGGCCCGAUUUGUCGUGGGCACUUCCUUCGACAAUUGCUUCAACAUCAUCUUCAUCAUCGUGAUCGAAUACGUGGGGCCAAAGUACCGAACGCUAAUGGCAAACAUGUCCUUUGGCAUCUACUUCGCCAUCGCGUCCGGCAUACUGCCCUGGAUCGCCUACUGGGUCAGGGACUGGAAGAUGCUGAGCGUACUGAGCGCGCUGCCGCUCGUCGUGGCCUUCGUCACCCCCUGGAUCGUCCCCGAGAGUGCCAGGUACGUCGUGAAUUGGCCAUUUUUUACGCCAACGUGACAAUAAAUGCUAAUUUAACACUCUAUAUUUACCAAUAACAAUUGUUUAAACAAUACAGUUGGAUUAUAUCCCAGUAUUCGCAAAAUAGUCACUUUGGACACCCAUUUAAUAGUAAUGAUGAUAAUAAUAAUAAUAAUAAUGAUAAUGAUCAUAGAAAUCAAUGUUACAUUUUGUCUCAUCCACAGGCUCCUGAUAGUUUUGGUGUUCGACGGCCACGUGUGGAACAUGAAGCUCCUGCACUCGGACGUUUUCACGUCGUUCUCCAUCGCCUCGAUGACUGAGCUACCAGCCGCCAUAAUAUUGGCCCUGUUUUUGGACAGGUGGGGCAGACGCUGGAUGGGCUUUGCCUCCAUGCUCCUGUGCGGCGUUUUCUCCUUCAUCGCCAUUGGACAAGAUAAAGGUGUGCCGGCCAUGACGAUGGCCAUUAUCGCUCGCCUCGGCGUCAACAUAGCCGCCAAUAUCGGCUUCCAAUACGCCGCGGAGAUGCUACCGACCGUGGUCCGGGCUCAGGGCGUCUCGUUGAUCCACAUCAUCGGGUACUUUGCCCACAUCAUCGGGCCCUACAUCGUCUACCUGGCCAAUACCCACGAGGCGCUGCCUCUGAUAACUCUCGGGGUGCUGUCGCUGCUCGACGCGGCCCUCACCCUGACGCUACCCGAGACGAUAGACCAGGAGCUACCGGAGUCACUCGAGGAGGGCAACGUGUUCGGCAAGGAGCAGAGCUUCUGGUGGAUCCCUUGCGUAAAAGCGAGUCCGGAAAAGAAGAAAAAGUACAGGAAAAAACUGGGCGCGGUGAACGCCGGCUUCAACCCCGGCAGUUUGCAGAGGGUCGAGUCGACGAGAUUAUAACACAUUUCCUGGCUAAACACCUAUAUUAAUUCGACCUUUGUCGCGACCCAUUGUAAAUAUAUAUAGCUUGCGACGAGGUGUCCUUGCAAUCGAAGGUGGAUGGCGUCGAUGGGACAAAAAAAAAAGAGAAUUUUUCCUUUCUCCACUGCCCGGUGCGUGAUUAUUACGGACAGAGAACGGGAGUACAAGAAUGAGAGGACCGCGCAAGUAAAGAAAACAGUGGUGCGUACAUCGAGAGAGAGGGAGAGGAAGGAUCAAUCGACGCGCUGUGAUUAGUAGUGUAUACGUUGUUUGUUUAGCGAGAUGUAUUAUGCGAGUGCAGGGUGAAACGCGUGGGUGUGCAUGUGUGUGUCGUUACAAAAGAGCGAAAACUUGAAGUAGUGAAAUCAAUGAUUUUGCAAAUGCAUACGUAUAUAUUCCUCUAGAUAGUUGAUUUUCAAUUUUCGUGUAGACUACAGCCGGUUACCGGCACUGGUGCUCUGUAUGUGUUGGUUUUUUUUUUUUUUUUUUUUUUUUCCAAGUGAUGACAACAACAUUCCAAAACUAUGUAGUUGGUGAUGCCGGCUAAACUCGGCCGGGUUCGUGGCGAAGAAGAAAAGAGAGAAAGCGCGAAUCAUCGAUUUGUUUUAUGUUUGUGCGGUGUUUUUCUUAGAGUACUUAUGCCCCCGAGCCCCUUUUGCGCGUGAAGCUGUAGCCAAUUUAUUAUAUUAUGAUUAACAUUGUUAUCAUCGUUAUACAUAUAUAAUGUACGUGUAAGUAGAUGAAGUUUGUGCCUUGAACGUAUUUUUGUAUCUUGGAACGUAAGUAUUAUUGUCCGAUGUUUUGUCGGCUUAUUUAAAAUAUAUCAUCAUCGUGGAUGUCGAUAUUGAAAUUUAUUAGUUGUAAAGUCAAAAAUUGUUUCAUUGCGUAGAGCAGAGUUGCAUGUGGAAUGUAUUAAUGGUAUGCUGAAAAAAGAAAAAAAAAAGAAGAGACGAGGUCUCGUCACAGCAUAUUUAAAUGGAUUAAUUUCACAAAUAAGUGGUAACGAAGUAACGCGUACAUGUAUUAGCGAGUAAACUUUGUACAGUCGCGUGUCUUUCUAAAUUUCUACGUGUCUUGAAUGAGAUGUGUGUACCAGUGGUAUUAUUAACGAUGAUAAUGUUGAUACAGUUCUAGACACGUUACAUAAUAAGAAAAAUACUAUUAAUAUUAUUUAAAAUAUCA